AUGUCUAUCGACUUCCCCAAGGAGGAGGAGGCUGUACUCCAGAGAUGGCGCGAGAUCAAGGCUUUUGAGCGCCAGCUCGAGUUGACCCAGGGCAAACCCCUCUACACCUUUUACGACGGCCCUCCCUUCGCUACCGGUCUUCCUCACUACGGCCAUCUACUGGCCUCCACCAUCAAAGACAUCAUCCCGAGAUAUUGGUCCAUGAAGGGCUUCCACGUCGAGCGACGUUUUGGUUGGGAUACUCACGGCCUGCCCAUCGAACACGAGAUUGACAAGAAGCUGGGCAUCUCUGGCAAGGCCGCCGUCAUGAAGCUGGGUCUGAAGAACUACAAUGCCGAAUGUAGGUCCAUCGUCAUGCGCUACAGCGAGGAGUGGCGUCACACCGUUGAAAGACUCGGCCGUUGGAUCGACUUUGACAAUGACUACAAGACUAUGGACCCUACCUUCAUGGAGUCUGAAUGGUGGGUUUUCAAGCAGCUGUUCGACAAGGGCGCUGUCUACCAGGGACACCGUGUGAUGCCUUACUCGACGGCUUUGACGACGGCAUUGAGCAACUUCGAGGCCAAUCAGAACUAUCAGGAUGUCAGCGACCCUGCCAUCGUCAUCGCCUUCCCCUUGCUGGACGAUCCCGAGACCAACUUGCUGGCUUGGACGACCACUCCUUGGACCUUGCCGUCUCAUCUCGGCUUGGCCGCUCACCCUGAUUUCGAGUACAUCAAGAUCGUCGACGAGAAGUCCGGGAAGAAAUACAUUCUGCUCGAGAAGCUCCUUGGCACUCUCUACAAAGACGUCAAGAAGGCAAAGUUUAAGAUCCUCGAAAAGAUCAAGGGCAAGGACAUGCUUGGCUGGAAGUACGAACCCCCUUUCAACUACUUCUAUGAGGAGUACAAGGACGUUGCAUUCAAAGUUUUGAACGCCACCUAUGUUACUGAUGAUAGCGGUACUGGUAUUGUUCAUCAGGCGCCCGCUUUCGGUGAAGAUGAUUACAAUGUCGCCCUGGCCGCCGGCAUCGUCACUGAGAACAGACCCCCUCCCGACCCGAUUGAUGACAGCGGCCACUUCAUGAGUCGUGUUUCUGACUUCGUUGGCAUGCACGUCAAGGAGGCUGACAAGCACAUCAUCAAGCAACUGAAGGCCGCCGGAAAAGUUGUGGUUGAUUCUACGCUCAAACACUCCUACCCCAUGUGUUACCGAUCCGACACCCCUCUCAUCUACCGCGCUGUCCCGUCAUGGUUCGUUCGCAUCCCUGAGAUCGUCCCUCAGAUGCUGGAGAACAUUAAGGGCUCGCAUUGGGUGCCGUCUUUCGUCAAGGAGCGCCGCUUCGCUAGCUGGAUCGAGAACGCCCGUGAUUGGAACGUCUCGAGAAACCGUUACUGGGGUACCCCGAUCCCUCUCUGGGUCAGUGAGGAUAUGGAAGAGCGGGUGUGCGUCGGUAGCAUUGAGGAGCUGCGGGAGCUGAGUGGCUACACUGGUGACUUGACUGAUCUUCACCGUGACAAUAUCGAUCACAUUACGAUCCCCAGUAAGAUGGGCAAGGGCACCCUGAGACGUAUCGAGGAAGUCUUUGACUGCUGGUUCGAGUCCGGCAGCAUGCCGUACGCAAGUCAGCACUACCCUUUUGAGAAUGCUGACAAGUUUGAGAAGUCCUUCCCUGGUGACUUUAUUGCCGAGGGUUUGGACCAGACCAGAGGUUGGUUCUACACCCUUCUCGUGCUAGGCACGCAUCUUUUCGGUCGCAUUCCUUUCAAAAACUGCGUGGUCAACGGCAUAGUUCUAGCGGAGGAUGGAAAGAAGAUGUCAAAACGUCUUAAGAACUACCCGGUGCCUGACCUGGUCAUGGACAAGUAUGGCUCCGAUGCGCUGCGCCUCUACCUCAUCAACUCCCCUGUUGUGCGUGCCGAGCCGCUGCGCUUCAAGGAAUCCGGUGUAAAGGAGGUUGUGCAAAAGGUUCUGCUGCCCCUCUGGAAUAGCUAUAAAUUCUUUGAGGGCCAGGUGUCCCUGUUGAAGAAGGUCGAGGGCAUCGACUAUGCUUGGAACCCCAAGGCUCUGGCCAACAAUGAGAACGUUAUGGACCGCUGGAUCUUGGCCAGCUGCCAGAGCUUGUUGCAGUUCGUCAACGAGGAGAUGAGUGCAUACCGCCUCUACACCGUCGUCCCGCGCCUGCUUGGCCUCAUUGAAAACACUACGAACUGGUACAUCAAGCUGAACAGAAGACGCCUCAAGGGCGAGAACGGCGUUGAGGAUACUCAGCAUGCGCUCAACACCCUGUUUGAGGUUCUCUUCACGCUGUGUCGUGGUCUUGCUCCUUUCACUCCGUUCAUCACCGAUACCAUCUACCAGAAGCUGCGCCCCUUCAUCCCUAAGGAGGCCGAGGCGGAGGACGCGAGAAGCGUCCACUUCCUGCCCUUCCCCGAGGUGCGAAAAGAGCUGUUCGAUGAAGUGGUUGAGCGCAGAGUCGGUAGAAUGCAGAGAGUCAUCGACCUGGUCAGAGUCUCUCGUGAGAGAAAGGCCGUUGGUCUCAAGACGCCUCUCAAGACGCUCGUCGUCAUCCACCGCGACCCCCAGUACCUGGAGGACCUCGAGUCCCUUUCAUCCUACAUCAGGGAAGAGAUGAAUGUCAGAGACCUGGUCCUCACGUCCGACGAGGCUAAGUACAAUGUCCAGUACAGCGUGACUGCAGAUUGGCCAGUGCUAGGCAAGAAACUCAAGAAGGACAUGGCGCGCGUCAAGAAGGCGCUCCCGACUCUUAGCAGUGACGCUGUCAAGGAGUACUCGGAGAAGAAGGAGAUCCUUGUCGAUGGAAUCAAGCUGGAGGAGGGCGACCUUGUAGUGAGGCGCGGCUUGAAGGAGGACGAGUCUUCUAAGAACCUAGAGACUAACUCUGACAACGAUGUGCUCACUAUUCUGGACGCGGAGCUGUAUGUUGAGCUGGCGCACGAGGGUCUCGCCCGAGAGAUCAUCAACCGUGUACAGCGCUUGAGAAAGAAGGCGCAACUUCAGCCGACGGACGACAUCAAGAUGGAGUACAAAGUCAUCAGUGAUCCAGACAACAUUGGUCUCGAGGAGGUGUUUGUGUCGCAAACCAAGGUCAUCGAGAAGGCACUGCGGAGACCGGUCGACAAGCACGAAGUCACAAAGGUAGAGGGUGAGAUCCCGAGCGAGCAGCAGAAGGGGGUGAUUAUGGAGGAGGAGCAGGAAGUGCAGCAUGCGACGUUCUUGUUACGGCUGCUUGAGUUGUAG